GUGAGGUCGUGUGACAGGCAGGUGAAGUGGGUGUAGCCCGAAAACUUUUGACCAGUAGCCGAGGGCUAAUGGCGAAAAGGCGUCGAAUCAGAAAUAAGCAUUUUUUUAUUUUCUUCGGUCAAAUCAUGGAUAAUCAAUGUGUGUACGUCAUAUCAGAUGGGGAGCUAUCGCUGUUUUCGGGACGUUGCGUUACAGAGAGCAAAAGUGGGGGGUGGUCCAAAAAAGUUUUUGACCAUUCGCGGAAGGCUGAUUGCAGAAUUGGAAAAGAAAAGUUUGGAAUAGUUUUGCGUUAUAGCGCCCAUGGUGCUGAUUUUUCACCCUAUACUGUGGAUUUUGACUUUUUUUUUAGUUUUUAUAGUAUUGAUUGAUUCGCUGAUUAAUGACAAAGGCCGAACACAAUAACCGGGCUACAAUGCGGCUUCACUGAAGUGCUUCAGAAUAACUUUCAACGUCUCAGGUUCUUAAAAACACUUCUGAAUCUACGUACAUGGGCAUUUCCCUUUUUUUUUUUCGUCGUGACGUGGUCGUAGCGUCCGGAAACUGCACCAGCGAAAACGUGCCCACCACAAGAACGUCAUAUCCGCUGAGCAGUGCAGUGCGCUCCAUUACAUUUAUUUCCGUUUAGCUUUACCCUUCUGCGGUAGCAUGAUGCUCGCAAUACUCAGUUAUAUUGGCGAAAUGUUCGUCUGCUGUGUGCAUUCGAUAAACGCCCACUCGUGCGCAUUGCUACACGCAGCAUUCUUACAACACCUAUACCCCGCCCCGGUACUUGAACCUCAGCGACCCCGAACUUCGGCGCGCCAUCAACGGCCACCUGCCCGAUGAUUCGCAGCUCUGGGUUGACGAUGAGGUCGUCGACUUGCACCCAGGCAUCUUCGACUCCAUUGACGAAAGCUACCUGCGAGUCGACGGACACCGCGAGCGUUUCAAACUGUUCCUCGGUGCCUACCUGGUCUGGACCCUGUCUCCCUUCCUGUCCAGCCACCUGCACAAGGCCAUGCUCGCCGACAUGGGCCGAGUGGACUCUGCUCUGGCACGCCGAUCGCGCGAGUGCUUCGAGACCAUCAGCCACGUGAUGCCGCUGGCGAGCUGGACGCUGCAAGCCGACCUAAUAGGGGACACCCGCUUCGCGUGGGGCGUCGUCGGAGCCAUUCUCCGCGCCCUGAACCAUUACGUCUCAUCCUACAGCCAAUCGGCGGGCGCCGCAGUCGCAUCGGCGACGGCGUACAUGAAGAUCAACGCGCUGAACAUGAGCUCGACGUGGCCUAUGCUGGACAAGGUGUACGCGUUUGUUCCCGGCGAAACCAUCAACGGCAGCUACUUCGAUCGCUACAGGCGCGUCGCGCAUGCCGCGGUGCUCCGAAACAAGCAGUCACUGCGUAGUCCCCGCCAGAACAUCUAUCACCUGCCGGGUGUAUCGCACGAGGUCGUUUACCGUCUCCUGGUGGCCCGCGAAGUUCCCGUGAGCUACGCCAGCUUAUCGCCCCCGCUAUCACUGCCGGGACACGCCCUCGCGGUGCCGCUCGCCACCGUAGGAAUACCUGCGACCAACCACGUCCUGGCGCUGCUGUACAUGGACUUUUACUCCGAUGACCAUUUUCAGCCACACAGUGAAGAGAAGAUGAAGGCAAUCCUGGGAUGGCCGCUUUACAAUGACAUGACAAAUUUCGGGGAAACCAUCAGGAUCCGCGUCAACGGCACGGCGGAAGCGUGGACUUUGACUCUACAGGAGAGGUACGACAUCAUGAAAAGCAGCAUAGCGACGCUGUCGGCUGUGCACGUGAUCGAAAAGCACUACGCAGAGCUUGCGAAGGCCGUAUGGUUGCCGGCGACCACGUCGUUCCCUGGAAUUCCGGAGAGCAAGCUCUUAUUCCUGCUGACCUGCUUCAUGAAUUGUGGCUCGACCGGUCGCUUACAUUUCCUAAAGAGGACAUACUGCAACAUCGCACUGCCAGCAGUACCAAGCUUUCUGAGGGCCUUCCAUUGUUCCCCCGGGAGCCAGCUGGUGACAAAUUUCAAGUGGCGAAAUCCAAUGGAAUGAACUACCUCACUAGGCCGAGCAUCGAGAUGGCACAACAUACGCUGGGCUCUAGGAACAGUGAAUUGUCAAAGCACUGCUCAUGUUUUGCGAACCAAAGGGAGCAAGGGGGCAGAAGCGCAGGGAGGAAUGUUUAUUUUGUUUAUAGUGCUUUCUUUAUCGCGAUUGUCCCCACUAUAGCUGGUAUUCAAAUUCUAGUAGCAGUUUUGCUUCGUGGGGCGUUUUAUGAGAUCACUCUGGAGAUGUCUAUUGCAAUGAUUGUCUUAAAGCGUGCUGUGUUAUAAUGCCUAUAUCUUUGGGACACGAAAGAAAUUAUUUAUUGAAAAUUACUUUAAAUGCGGCAAGUAAGAGCAGCUCGAUCUUCGUUGAUACUAAUUCUUUAUUGGGUGCUUACAUAUGCACAUCUCAAUAGAAAACAAUGUCCUUAUAUAGCCAGUGACUAUGAAGACCACCUUCCUUGGGAACUAUACACGAUGUUAAUGUAAAUUUUGUAAAUAACUACCAGUAGCUGGCCUCACUUUGAUGUGGCAAUUACAAUAGGGCGUUGCAGAACUGAGAGCAUUAGCCAACCCUCGGGAGAUCAUACUCUACUUUUACCAAGUCGCUGUAUACUUUCAAAACACCAAAUAAAGCACAUGUUGCCGUAA